UGCUGUUUUUGUGCAGAGUUGUACUAGUUGCACAGCCAGCUUGUGAGACAUGGCGUCGGUGCCAAUGUGGUAGCUGCAUGCAACCAAGGGAUGACUUUCCAUCAUGUUUCUGAGCUCGAGGCGUCAGACGCCUUCUAGCUAGGCUACUAGGCUCCCCUGUUGCCUGUCCUGUCGUUGAAAUGAAGGAUGACCUAGCUAACGUGGAGGCUUAGAGCUGAAGCUCUGGGAGGAGAGGGCUUGCUUGUGAUACGCCAGUCUGAAACGAAAGGCGAGUACCGUGCCGAGACUGUUGAUUGUCCACAGGAGUUUCUCUCAUAAGACGCCGUUCCUCCCUCUUGGCCGUUAAUCUUCUCCCUCCUUCCUUCAACCAGAACUUAUUCUUCUUGGCUCAAAUUCCGUUCAAUCAUAAUUUCAAUUACUUGGUCAAUCGACUCACGCAUCAUUCAGAAUGGCCCAGCAGUAUUCUCAAGGACCUAAUGUCCAGAACCAGGAAUGGCAGAACAACCUCUGCAAUUGCUCGCCCUGCGACUCUUGCCUGCUCGGCACUUUCUGCCCCUGCAUCCUCUUGGGUAAAACCGCCGAUCGUAUGAGAGAUCCUACUAUGCAGACUGCCGAUACCUGCAACAGCGAUGCUCUUAUAUUCUGCGCCAUCAACUGCGUGACUGGCUGUGGUUGGAUUUACUCCAUGAUGAAGCGUGGUGAGAUCCGGGAGCGAUUCGGCAUCAAGGGCAGUGGUAUGAACGAUUGCUGCGUCAGUUACUGGUGCCUCUGCUGUGCUCUUAUCCAGCAGGACAACGAAGUCAAGUCUCGUCUCUCCCAGGGACCUAUCACGCAGGGCUACCAAGCUCAGAAGGAGGGUAUGCACAUGCCAGCAUCUCCUGCUGCUCAGCAGCAGCAGCAGCAAUAUCAUGAUCAGAAGCCCAACCCUCAGCAGCAGGCCUCUCAGCCCGAUUAUCAACUUCCUCAGCACGGUUACCAGUCUCCCCAGCCUCAGGGAUCCUACCCUCCACCUCAGCAGACUUACAACCCUCAGCAGCCCCAGUAUUAGGCCAUUCGACCAGGGAUUGUACAGCAAGAUGGAGCCUCACACCGAUAUGACACCAGAAAAGGAAAAAAAUGCAUGUGAAGGGGGAAAUCAGAGAAAUGUCUGGCAUGUGAAUUGGUUUCGAGCGCGAACGGGUACGCGCCAACGGAUUAUACCUAUAUACCCAGUGACGAAGACGGUCAUUUCUUAUCUAUAUUUAUAUUGAUUUCGAUGUAUUAUUUGCUUCAAGGAAAUCAUCUACUACUAGUCAACUUUCAGUUACAUAUGAAAGCGUCAUGCAUUCUCCCAUUCUCUUUUGAAUUGCCUAGUUCGGCGACGGAAUGCGAAAUGUAGAAUCAGCAGACAAAAUUACUGGAACUUUAAAAAGAAACUAAAAAAAAACUUCAGGC